UCUCAAAAGGGUACGACCACAUCCACGAGGUAUACAGCAUGUUUGUGGGACAGCCCCACUUCGCGGCUAUUAUAGACCUACUCGGCUACCAGGGGGUCUCGCUCAUUAUUGAGGGUCUCCUUGAAAAUGUCCGAAACAAGUUGACGUACUCACUGUUGAACUAUGUCCUGACUCUGAAGGAGGGAAUGCCACCAGAGCUUAACCGACCUCGUUUCGAAUAUGGUCCUAUUGGUGUUUUCGAGUUCUACCACACCAAGUUAGAGAGCAUAUUCAGAUACUCGGAGCUGACAACAAACGUUUUCCAAACUAUCCGAGAAAUCGGUAAUUUCGUCCUUUUCACCAUGCUCAUCGAACAAGUUAUGUCAGAAGAGGAGAUAAUGGAUUUACUGCAAGCCUCUCCCUUCCUUGGCAUCAUGCCUAAACCUGUUGUUAAAAACGAGGAGAACGAAGAGACGAGAGAAAAGAAAGUGAUGGAGAAGACGAAGAUGAUGGAGGCGCAUUACUCUUCUCUUGUGCUAAUCUCACAGAUAGAAAAGACAGGCACGCCAGAGCAAGUAGACAUUGCACGGGACAGUUUGCAGUUAGCAAGGGAGCGACUCUGUAAGAACCUCUCUAUAUUGUCCUAUGUACUGGAGAAGCUGAGAUCUUAUCUCUCCAACGAGGGUUGGAUAGGGGACAACCCUCCUAACGGUGUCAUGUACAUGGACGAGUGUAAAGAGUUUCACAGGUUGUGGAGUGCCAUGCAGCUCUUCAUUGCUAUGUCUCCUCUCAUGAGCGGGGCUGGUUCCCAGAACUCUAACGAGUCCUCUAAUAAAGGUCGUAGAGUGAGUGCCCCAAACAAGGCCGGCAAACUAACGAAGGAUAAAAUCCAGUUUAGCCCGGGGAUGGAAGUUGAGAAUUGUCCUCCGUUAAUGUUUAAAACGGAGAUGUUUGGAGAAGGAUUACACUGGGCUGCCCUGACUAUUAUCACGAUACUGGGACAGCAACACAGGUUCGACUCUCUCGACUUCUCCUAUCACCUGCUCAGGGUGUUCGACGAGAAACCUAAAGAUGGAAUUUCUUGUGGAAUUAGUAUAAAGAAGCUAGUGGACCGGAUCCGACACAUCCAGCUGAUGAACAACAGGAUAUUCGGCGUGCUCAACAAGUACAGUUCCAGUGACGGCUCAGUCAGCUCCACAAUCCCUAUGCAGGAGGUCAAGUACUUCCCUCCACCCAUACGUAACAUCCAGUGACACGUGCGUGAUAUGAUGUGACACGUGCGCGAUACGAUUUGACACGUGCGCGAUAUGAUGUGACACGUGCGCGAUAUGAUGUGGCACGUGCGCGACAUAACUUGACACAUGCGCGAUAUGUUUUGACACGUGCGCGAUAUGAUUUGACAUGUGCGAUAUGAUGUGACAUCUAGUGAAAUAGUGUAACUGACAGUUUAUGGUGUCUGGAGAUGCACUUUUUGUAGAUCGUGAUGUAACAACUCAUCUUUCCGAUAAUGUAUUUUUGACUAUUUUGCUUUAUAUUGAAGGUACGUUUCAUUGGAGAUGAUGUACGUGUUUUUUGAGAUUUGUUCAAGCAUGUUUGUGACUGAUGAUUAGUGAUAUAAGAUCAAGAUUGUGAAAAGAAAUAACCUCAUAGAUCUAUUAUCCUCUCGUCUUAUAGUUAUACAAUAUUAAGCCCUUUUUUUAAACGAAUAUUCAAAUUAUUCAUGCACUCUUCACUGUUCAUUGUUCAUGCAGCUUUGUUUUAAUCUAAGUAGACUGUAAUUUUCAUUUAAUUCCAAAGCCCUAACUAUGUUUUAUAAUUCAAAAGUUUCAAACACAUAACUUGUGGUAUCUUUUUUAUACUAAAUGCGAGAAUUGAAGAGGUCAUUUAUGAACAUUUUUUAUCUUAUUCGAUUAGAAAUAGAAUUGGUACCUAAAUACUAUAAUCAUUUGUAUUUUAAUGGAUACUCUUAGCAUUUGUAAAGAUAUUCAAGGAAUUUGUCUUCGGUUUGACUUUGAAAAUAUCUUUGAUGCAGCUCUCCGCGAUCAAGAAGGUUUUGAACUUUGAGCGUUUCCAAGGUCUGUAAAUCCCUUAUAUGAUAGUUUGUACAAUUUGAAAUGUGUAAUUGCAGUGGAAUUGGAGCGUUACCAUGGUUACUUGCACGGAUUGUCUACUUUUCGAUAUUGAUGGUGUUUCAUAGAAGCUUGAAAUUUGAUUUUGGUUAUGAAUUUGAUUAUUUUUAA